GGCUCGGGGUAACAAGGCUGCUGCUUGGCCGGCCGGCGGCGGCGACCAGUGGGGGCAUGAGGGCGAGCCGGGAAAAAGGCAGUUGAGCCGGCGGGGAGGAGCGCCAGUUCCGGAGGAUUCCGAGAGUGCGGAGCUCGGGUCAGGGGCCGGGAGGCGCGGGGAAGCCGGGCCCUUCCCUCAGGAGCGUGUCCCGGAGCCGACCCGGCCCGUAGUGUGGCAGCAGCUUCAGAAAGGUGUUGUUAGCAUCCUGUUUCUACAGACGAGGAAACUAGAACGCAGAGAAGUUAAAGAAGUUCCCUGAGUGUAUGCAGCGGUUGGAGCUGUGUGUUCGUGGACAGAGAGGCACUAUACUGUACCAGGCUCCCUUUAACUGGAUCUUGGCAGAUGGGAGGUGAGCACGUGAAACAAUAUGAAGAGGAGAAAAUAGCCUUUUAAGGAAAUUGGCCCACAGAAAGGAUGGCCUUCUUGGACAAUCCAACUAUCAUUCUAGCUCAUAUUCGACAGUCACAUGUGACCAGUGAUGACACAGGAAUGUGUGAGAUGGUUCUCAUUGAUCAUGAUGUUGACCUAGAGAAGAUUCAUCCUCCUUCAAUGCCUGGAGACAGUGGGUCAGAAAUUCAGGGAAGCAAUGGUGAGACUCAGGGCUAUGUAUAUGCCCAGUCAGUUGAUAUUACCUCAAGUUGGGACUUUGGUAUUAGAAGACGCUCAAAUACAGCUCAAAGAUUAGAACGACUCCGAAAAGAGAGACAAAACCAGAUCAAAUGCAAAAAUAUUCAGUGGAAAGAAAGAAAUUCUAAGCAAUCAGCCCAGGAGUUAAAGUCACUGUUUGAAAAAAAGUCCCUCAAAGAGAAACCUCCAAGUUCUGGAAAGCAGUCAAUAUUAUCUGUACGGCUAGAGCAGUGCCCUCUGCAGCUGAAUAACCCAUUUAACGAGUAUUCCAAAUUUGAUGGCAAGGGUCAUGUAGGCACAACAGCAACCAAGAAGAUCGACGUCUACCUCCCCCUGCACUCGAGCCAGGAUAGACUGCUGCCAAUGACCGUGGUGACGAUGGCCAGCGCCAGGGUGCAGGACCUGAUCGGGCUCAUCUGCUGGCAGUACACAAGUGAAGGACGGGAGCCGAAGCUCAAUGACAACGUCAGUGCCUACUGCCUGCAUAUUGCUGAGGAUGACGGGGAGGUUGACACAGACUUCCCCCCACUGGACUCCAACGAGCCCAUUCAUAAGUUCGGCUUCAGUACCUUGGCCCUGGUUGAAAAGUAUUCAUCUCCUGGUCUGACAUCCAAAGAGUCACUCUUUGUUCGAAUAAACGCUGCUCAUGGAUUCUCCCUUAUUCAGGUGGACAACACAAAGGUCACCAUGAAAGAAAUCUUGCUUAAGGCAGUGAAGCGAAGAAAAGGAUCCCAGAAAAUUUCAGCCAGUGCCCAAAGCAGCACAGAUCUCCACCAGCCCCGUCCAUCCCCAGGAAACCCAGAGUUGGGGCUCUAUAGUGAUUCUCCAAUCUGUGGGGACAUUUGGAGUCAGCUGGAAGUGGAACUUCAAGUCUCCUCUGGAGGACGAGGCCCUCAGUACCGCCUGGAGAAGCAGAGCGAGCCCAAUGUCGCCGUGGACCUGGAGAGCACUUUGGAGAGCCAGAGCGCAUGGGAGUUCUGCUUGGUCCGAGAGAACAGUUCAAGGGCAGACGGAGUUUUUGAGGAAGAUUCACAAAUUGACAUAGCUACAGUACAGGAUAUGCUUAGCAGCCACCAUUACAAGUCGUUCAAAGUCAGCAUGAUCCACAGACUACGAUUCACAACCGAUGUCCAGUUAGGUAUCUCUGGAGACAAAGUAGAGAUAGACCCUGUUACGAAUCAGAAAGCCAGCACUAAGUUUUGGAUUAAGCAGAAACCCAUCUCAAUCGAUUCUGACCUGCUCUGUGCCUGUGACCUUGCUGAAGAAAAAAGCCCCAGUCACGCAAUAUUUAAAGUCACGUAUCUAAGCAAUCAUGACUAUAAACACCUCUACUUUGAAUCUGACGCUGCUACUGUCAAUGAAAUCGUGCUCAAGGUUAACUACAUCCUGGAAUCACGAGCAAGCACUGCCCGGGCUGACUAUUUUGCUCAAAAACAAAGAAAACUGAACAGACGUACAAGCUUCAGCUUCCAGAAGGAGAAGAAAUCAGGGCAGCAAUGACACUGGCCUCCAGCCCCAAUCUGUCACCGUAGCUCAGAGCCUGCCUGCCAGGGCCAGGUGGCCCUAGAGCCCACCCUGUGUCCUGCAGUCCUCGGGGGCAGGCCAGUCCCUGGCUCACAGGCACAAGGCCAGGGGGCUCUUGGGGGAAUGGAGCUGGGGACAUCCCCACGGGACUGAAGCCUGAGUGGCAGUGGCUUUGAUGAGCAGUGCCGGGGGCCCGACGACACGGACGGCACCGCAGCCAUCCUCACUGCCCGACGGCCCUGCCUGAGGCUGUACAUAGCCAUGCCCAGACAUUUCCUUGCAACUUGAUCAAAUUUCUUAAAACAACCGAAGAACAAAAUUGUACAUUUCUUUUUUUUUUUUCCUUUUAAUAAACAGGUGUACUCUUUAUCAUGGUUGGUAUGACGGGCCGUUCUUUGGGGCAAAGGAUUGAUCAUGUCAUUCUCUUUAAACCUGUUCCCGUAUUGAACAGGCAGAUUGGAAAAGCUAUGGCUCGAUUUCUCAGAAGAAAUGUUUAGGGCUUCGUCAAUAGUUUUAACUAUGCCAUUUGUUUAAAUGAGUGCAUUGCUUUGAGGAUAGUAUCUUACUAAAGUUAGGAUGGGGGUGCCUGGUGCUGUGUGUCCCGGGCUCCCCCUUCAGAAGCCACCUCUCUCCAGCUCGUCCGGGCCCCUCUUGGUUUCAGAGAUGCGGGACUGCAGGUCCGGCCCCCGUGCUGGGAGAGCGGGGUGACGGCUGGUCUUCAGGUCAGCUCCCAGCCGGAAGUGGGCUUUUCCAUUUCUUAAAUAGCAAGUGUAUGUUUCAGCUAGCCAGUAGACCUGCAUGUGGGGUUUUCCGGGAAUUGGAAACGUCUCUGCUUUACUGACUCAGAAGGGCCUCCGCACCCCCUUCUUCUUCUCCAUACAGUGCCUGCCUCCUCGUCUGAGCAGGCUGCUGGAGGGGUGGGGGGGAUGGUGAGCAGAGGGGGCGGGCAGAGGGGAGCCUGCUCCUGCGGGGUCCGACUGACUGCUCCCUGACACCGCACCCCUGGCCACACCAGAUGCCUCUGCGGUCCUCACCAGCCUCUCCACAGUCCCUCCCACGGGGACAUCCUUUCGUGCUGUCCCCGGCCAGGGUCGAGGACCAGACGUUUCACCGAGGACCUGCAUUUCAAACAAUUUUUUAAAUUGUUGUACAAGAAGAGAUGUGCCGAAAACAGCAUCUCCAAGUCGAGUGUGUCUCUUUGCACUGGGGGCAUUUUAAUGAAUUCCUCUUUCAUUCUGAUCUUUGUUCAGCCAACAGAAGCAUCCUUUUCUAACGUCUUCCAUUCCCACCUACCCCAGAAAUGAAAGAAAUAUGAUUUGUAGCUCGCUAUCUAUCUGUAUUUGAAUUUUUAGCAAUUUUAUAUUUAGUUAUCUUUGAAAAAUGUAAAUGACUAAU